CGGUGUGUCUCGAGCGAUCCGCUUGCGCGUUGCGUUAUUUUCUGCUUUUCCCAACUCUCCCACCUUCCCUUGUUCUCUUCUCCUUCCCCGCCCCUCGCGCGCCAGCCUCGCGGCGCUUCCAGCGUCGGUUUAUUCCCUUCUCCCUCCCCUCUCCUCUCCCUGCCAUUCCUUCCCUCCCUCGGCUCCCCGCUGUGGUCGGGGUGGGCCAAGCAGCGAAAACCGGAGGGUGCAGGCAGGCGAGUCAACCCGAGGGUUGCCAAGGCAGGGACUGGCUGGCGCCUGAGGGGAUACCCCCCUCCUUCCUCCUCCUCCUGUCCUCGGCGCCUACGGAGAGCAACCAGGCCGGCUCAUAAAAGAAGAGCGAGGAGCGGCGGGGAAGUGGGGGGGGGAAACGCCCCCCCCGGACCUCGAGCAGCAACAUGAGGAAUUAGUGCCCUUUCUCCCACCAUGAGAGCUGUAUAAUCUUCAAAACUUCUGUUAACAAGAUGCCAGGUUACUUCUCUUGGUUCCUACUUUCUGCUUAUAAGUCUGCAAUAUUCUGAUUACCAUUGGCUGCCCUGUGUGUGCUUUGAGUGAGCAGAGCAUCUGCCAAGCACGAGCUGCUGUAAUGGUCUAUGAUGAUGCCAAUAAGAAAUGGGUACCAGCUGGUGGAUCUACUGGGUUUAGCAGAGUUCAUAUAUAUCAUCAUACAGGCAACAAUACAUUCAGAGUAGUUGGCAGGAAGAUUCAGGAUCAUCAGGUGGUAAUCAAUUGUGCCAUUCCAAAAGGAUUAAAAUACAAUCAAGCAACACAGACUUUCCAUCAGUGGCGGGAUGCUAGACAAGUAUAUGGUCUCAACUUUGGCAGCAAAGAAGAUGCCAAUGUCUUUGCAAGUGCCAUGAUGCAUGCCUUAGAAGUGUUAAAUUCACAAGACUCCGGUCCAACGUUGCCUCGACAAAAUGCACAAAUUCCCCCACAAGUGCAAAAUGGCCCAGCACAAGAAGAUUUGGAAAGCCAGAGAAGGCAAUUGCAGGAACAACAACGACAAAAAGAAUUGGAAAGGGAGAGGCUGGAACGGGACAGAAUGGAACGUGAAAGGCUGGAACGAGACAGACUAGAGCGAGAGAGGCUUGAACGAGAAAGGCUAGAAAAGGAAAGACUGGAACGAGAACGAUUAGAACAGGAGCAACUGGAGAGGGAACGUCAGGAGAGAGAAAGACGAGAACGAGAAUGGCAAGAGCGCCUAGAAAGAGAGAGGCAAGAACGGGAAAGACAAGAGCGGGAGAGAUUGGAAUGGGAAAAACAGGAAAGAGAGCGGCAAGACCAACUAGAAAGAGAGCAACUGGAAUGGGAACGAGAGAGGAAACUAUCAAGUGCUGUUCCAUCUUUUGACAACUCCCUGUAUAAUCCUUCACUUCCUGAAUAUGCCAGUUGCCAGCCUCCUUCAGCACCACCUCCUUCAUAUGCUAAAGCAAUGUCAGACUCUACUCCGGACUAUGCUAUAGUGACUUCUGCACAGUCAGUUUCCUCCCCACCUACACCACCACUAAGGCACUCUGCAUCACGUUUUGCUACAUCUUUGGGCUCUGCCUUCCACCCUGUUCUUCCCCAUUAUGCUACAGUUCCUCGUCCAGUAAAUAAAAAUUCUCAACCACCUUCACCUGUAAACCCCCCUCCUUCUUUGCCUCCAACUACCAAGUCAACUACUUGGUCAGCUUCUAGUUUUGCACCCCUUCCUCCUUCACCUCCUGUAAUGAUUAGCAGUCCUCCAGGAAAAGCCACCGGCCCUAAGCCUGUUCUCCCAAUUCCUGUUACUGUUCAGUUAUCUCAGAUGUCCCCCACUGCACCUAAUGGUCUUCCGGAAUUGGCAAAUUAUUCAGUUUCUUCACCACCUACCUCAGGUCCAGCACCACCACUACCACCAUCUUCCUUUCAACCUCUCUCAGUCUCUGGACUUCAAGCUUCUUCUCCAACCUCCCCUAAUGCCUCAGCUCCCUCAUCCAAGCCUAGUGUUCUCCCUUCUCCCUCUGCAGCUCCCCCUGCCUUUGUUGAGAACUCUCUAAACUCUGUGCUGGGAGACUCCUCUGCUUCUGAGCCAGUCUUGCAGACAGCCGCUCAGCCGGCUGAACCUACGUCUCAGCAGGGUGUUACACAAGGACCACCUGCACCCCCUCCUCCUCCCCCACUUCCAUCUGGUCCUAUUCAGUCCCCAUCAGCAGUCCCACCUCCCCCUGGACCACCACCUCCUCCGCCUCUUCCAUCUUUAGGGCCACCUCCACCACCACCUCCUCCCCUUCCUACUCAGGUGCCUCUUCCACCUCCUGCACCUCCUCUGCCUGCUACUGGCUUUUCCAUGGGAAUGAUGUAUGAAGAUUAUCGACCUUUAACAGGACUGGCUGCUGCUCUUGCUGGAGCCAAACUCAGAAAAGUAUCACGGAAUGAAGAUUCUCCUGUUCCGAGUGGAGGAACAAAUUCUGCUUCACCCAAAACAGAUACUAGUCGUGGAAAUGGGCCACUGCCACUUGGAGGAAGUGGAUUAAUGGAAGAAAUGAGUGCUCUACUUGCAAGAAGGAGAAGAAUUGCUGAGAAGGGGUCAUCAGAAACAGAAACAAAAGAAGAAAAAAGUGAAGAACCAGAGCCUUUAGCUCCCAAGCCUCCUUCAACAAGCACACCUGAAUUAACAAGAAAGCCUUGGGAAAGAACAAAUACAAUGAAUGGAAGCAAAUCACCUAUUAUCUCAAGACCAAAAUCUGCAUCUUCUGGGCAACCAAAUACUAAUGGAGUACAAUCUGAAGGACUAGACUAUGACAGAUUGAAACAGGAUAUUUUAGAGGAAAUGAGGAAGGAAUUAACAAAACUAAAAGAAGAAUUAAUUGAUGCAAUUCGACAAGAACUGAACAAGUCGAAUACAGUGUAGAAAGAUUAGGACUAAGAUGUUUGGACCACUGGUCUUGCACAAAAUCAGCUACAUUUUGUGAGCUGCUGGAAGAUAAUGGAAAAAUAUUCUUGAAAGAAGGAGAAAACAAGAUUCUGAACUUUCAGACAACAAUAUGGUGAUACACUAUUUCCUUUUGCUGCUGUUUUCUGACUUUCAACAAGAUGGAAAAUAGUCUUAAAUUGUGGCAAUGAUUUAUGCAGAAAAUCAUAAGCCUGUUAGGCAGGUGCAUUGAAAUGUUUCAUAUCAAUAUUGAAGCUGCAUAUUUACAGUGUAUUAAGUUUUUAAAAAGGAGAAAAACUUAAGGAGGCUUUUCAGAGAGGUUUUCUUAGUAAAGAAUUUAGCAAGUGAGAUGGACAUACAACUGUAUCUCAGGUAGUCUUCCUAUCGCAUUAGAUAUUUCCUUGAUUAAAAACAAAGCAUGAUUUCAAUUCACAGCAUAGAAACUGUAAAACCCAAUAUUGAUGAACGAGCGAUCCAGAAUAUCAUGGUAUAUUGAAUAUUGGAUUCUUAGGAUAAGCAAGCCUCUCUGAUUAGCCUUCAUGAAGUUUUUUAAAGAAAAAUGCAAAUGCUGCCCAGAUUAUAAAGAUAUAGAUGCCUUCCUAAAAUGAUAUGCUUUACCAAAUCUGAGACUUCUCCUGAAUACAAAUCAAUAUGAUCAAAUGUAAAUUGUUAGAUUGUUAUAGACUUACCAUAGGUUUUUGAGCUUUUAAGAUUUAUGCAUGCAGACAUUUUUGUAACAUAAAUAACCACAGAGUUGGCUUUUAAUUUAAACCAUUCUUGCAUGCCACAAAUAUUAAAUAGCCUUUUUACAAUAAGGCCUAGUUAAUGCCCAGGCAAACUUGGGGAGGUGUUGGGUUGGGAAUUGGGGCAACUUUUUUAUUUAAACAAUUUGUAUUAAUUGCUGCACUAUUUUUCCUUAUAUUGCAUGCAUGUGUAAUAAUAAGGAAAAUGUGAUUUAUCAGUAAACAUGUUAAAUAGAACCAGGUACUUAAUACUUUUUGUAUCAUUUCAUUUGUAUUUCAAACUUAGUAAUGUUUCAGUAGCAGUUCUUGAAACCCUGCUUUUUGCUUCUUUUUUCAGCUUGAUAUAAAGUUAAGCAUUAAGCAUCAGGAUAAUACUUAGAAGAAAUUUUUAAAACAGGCAAUGAAAAGUAAUAGCAUAUUAUUUUCACAUUGGCUACCUACAUUUGUUCAUUGAAUUAAAUUUUGGUAUGAUCCGAAAAUAAAUAAUUCAUGUGUUAUUUUUCUACCCUUCUCCAUCACUGACCUUAACAAAGUUUGUUUUAACCUGAAUUUGUAAAUGAUCACUGUCAGUAAAGUGAGAAGAAACGGGAUUGGGGGGAAAGUAUUACUCAAUUGGUAUUUUUUGGGUUGCUCCUAUUUUUGUCACCAUGCAUUGGAUUUUAUUUCACAAUUAAAUAUUGACAUGUGGAAAAAAGAAAAAAUGGAAAAAGUCUUAAGAAUUGAUGUAGCAAUCUAGUUUUAGAGGGAAGAAAAAUCACAUAUCCAGUUUUAUCUCCUUUCCCAUUUAUACAUUUGUGUUACAAUUUUUUAAACUUUUGUGUGUGAUCUGUUUUGUGAUUUGGAAAAAAUAUAUGUAUUCCUGAUUACAUCUUAAAUUCUCCAUGUUGAAAUAUUGGAAUACUGAUUUUUAUGAUCUAUGCUGAUUUCAGAAUAAUGUUUGAAUUUAAUUACUUGCUUUCUUAAUUUACUCAGUUAACAUCCAGUUUAGUUCACAAGAAAGCUUUAACUAGCAUAUCCUCCCUGAGUAUUGAACACCAAAGCAAAUGAACAGCCGAUUUUGGCUGUUUUCAGAGAAACAGUCUUGGUUUUCCUCUUUGUAUAAGACAGAAAUAUGGCUUAUAACAUGUAAUCAGUGGCCAUGGCUUUAAAUUAUUUUUUCCAUAUUCUUUAAUUGAAGGCAUUUAAAUCUCAAAGCAAAUAAUUGCUUGAAAUUAAGAGGAGGCAUUUUCAUCUUUCGAAAGAAAUGUAUGUUUAAGCAGUAUAAGCUAAAAAGCUGAUUCCUGUCAGAAAUCAUGUUUGAUUUUGUUUGUAAAGAAAAUUCAAAGAUGGGCUCGCAAGAAUCUUAAACAUGUAAGUGGUCCAAAGGUAAGAACAUUAAGAUACUAGAUUGUGAAUGAAACUGGUUAAUGCACUAAACGUUUUGUGCCUUGGUCUAAAAUUAAUGAGUUCUGUGUAAAGGGAAAAAGAAAACAUGAAACUGAGACCUUGUCUUUCAACAUGCAUCGUUAACAUGAUCCUGAACUGAACCAUUUCGGGAAUCUCAGUUUAGUUAAACUGUUAAAUCAGGCUGUAAUAGUGACAGUUAUGCCAUUGCCAGAUAAUCCUGUAAGUAAAAUUAGCUACAGGUUAUUAGAGUCUUUUAAUAAUUCUUCUUUGAAAAUGUAAUGAUGGUUCCUGUGCUUUUGUAAGUAGAUGCCUUAAGCUGAAUAUGGUUUAGGGGAUCACUUUUAAUUCCAGGAAGGCAAUGCUUUCCUCAACACUGUGAUCUGAUCUGUGAUAAACCUGUCCUAUCAUACACAAAUGGCUAAUAAGUCAAUUGAAUACAAACUGAAUGUACAAAUCUUAGUGCUGGUGCUGAAAUCUCUUCAGAGUUGUCAUGAAAAAAGUUCAUUGUUUAAAAGGUUUGCAAGCAUCAAGUGUCAAUCAAAACUGAAGAUGAAACAUUAAUGAAUGUUACAAUUUCAUGCAUUUAAUUUUACUUCUUUUUGAGUUUCUCAGUUAAUUCUUUGCUAUUUUUACCAUAUUGUGUCAUUUUAAAAUUUCUUAAAUGCUAACGCUGUUUUGUUUGAGCAGAAGAAAUAAAAUUGCAAUAUAUACGUGCUCUUA